AUGUCUAAGCCAGAGAUAUCACAGGCCCUACAGACCAGUAAUGAUAUCACAGGUCUACAGACCAGUACAUAUACCACAGGUCUACAGACCAGUACCGAUACCACAGGUCUACAGACCAGUACCGAUAUCACAGGUCUACAGACCAGUACAGAUAUCACAGGUCUACAGACCAGUACCGAUAUCAUGGUCUACAGACCAGUACAAUACCACAGGUCUACAGACCAUACAGAUACACAGGUCUACAGACCAGUACAUUCACAGGUCUACAGACCAGUCCCAAUACCAAGGUCCGACCAGUACAUAUACCACAGGUCUAAGACCAUACGAUAUCAAAGGUCUACAGACCAAGAAUCUACCCAGUACAGUAUCACAGCCCAAACAGAUAUCACAGGUCUACAGACCAGUACAGAUAUCACAGGUCUACAGACCAGUACAGAUAUCACAGGUCUACAGACCAGUACAGAUAUCACAGGUCUACAGACCAGUACAGAUAUCACAGGUCUACAGACCAGUACAGAUAUCACAGGUCUACAGACCAGUACAGAUAUCACAGGUCUACAGACCAGUACAGAUAUCACAGGUCUACAGACCAGAACAGAUAUCACAUGUCUACAGACCAGUACCGAUAUCACAGGUCUACAGACCAGUACAGAUAUCACAGGUCUACAGACCAGUACAUAUACUACAGGUCUACAGACCAGUACAGAUAUCACAGGUCUACAGACCAGUACCGAUAUCACAGGUCUACAGACCACUACAGAUAUCACAGGUCUACAGACCAGUACAGAUACCACAGGUCUACAGACCAGUACAGAUAUCACAGGUCUACAGACCAGUACAGAUAUCACAGGUCUACAGACCAGAACAGAUACCACAGGUCUACAAAUCAAUUGUAGACAAAGUCACCACAAAGUGUAUUUUUAG